AUGAAGCUGUCUUUACUUUUGGCUUGUUUUGUAGCAAUCAUUGCUAUUUCUUUUGUUCAAGCUGACGACCUUCAAGAUCAAAUUGAUGCUGCCUUGAAAAAAUUCUGUGGCGGUAUCGCCAUCACUGGCCCCACCAAGGGUCAAACAUUCACCAACCCCAAGAAGAUCAAGGUGACAGUCACUAGAAAGCCCAACGCUCAAGCCAAGGUUAUUAAUGGUGUUGAUGCUUACUCUAUCGACAGCAAAGGAAAGGCCACUUAUCUCAGCACUGUUUGGAAGGGUAGCUACAGCUUAAACAAGAAGGCUACAUUGACCGUUGACUUGACAAAGGCCACCAAGGCCAAGUUCCCUGGACAAUUUGAAUUCCGUGUUUGGGUUCACAACAAGGCUGGUCCCGAUUGUACUUUGAUGUCCAAGGUCUUCAAGGCCAAAAAGUCAUCUCACUCCAAUGCUGUUGAAGAAUCCGAAUACAAGAACUUGAGCGAAAACAUUGACCGUGGUUGUUUCGGUGUUGAAUUAACUGCUCCUGAGCUCGGUGGUGAAGUAACUGCUGAUCAAACUUUCUCUGUUCAAAUCAAACGUGAUUCUGCUGCUCAUACUGAAUACUUGACCAAGUUGGAGCUCUACAAUGUCAAUUUGGAUACUCGUGAUUCUACCAAGGUCCAUGACUCUUGGUCUGGUAACGAGACCAUCACCAACAUGUUGAACAUCAAAGAUACCAUUCCCGCCUCCGCCAAGGCUGAAAACACUGCCUUCUAUUACAAGUUGAGUGCUACUACUCAGCAUGAGGAAUCUUGCGAGUUCUACUCUCAUCCUUUCUACCUCAAUUAA